UGAUGGCCCCCACCCUAUGCUACCGGUGCAAAUCCGCUCGUGCCCUUAUUAUACGCCCCAAAAACAGACACAAGCUCUGCAAAGCAUGCUUUGUCGAAAUUUUUGAAACUGAAAUUCAUGAUACUAUAACCACGAAUGCGCUUUUUAACCAGGGCGAACGCGUCGCGAUCGGUGCCAGUGGUGGUAAGGACAGCACCGUCCUCGCCUCAGUUCUCAAAACGCUGAAUGAACGCCACGGCUAUGGCCUGGAACUUAUGCUUCUCUCCAUCGAUGAGGGAAUUAAGGGAUACCGUGAUGAUAGUCUGGAAACAGUUAAGCGAAAUGCAAUGCAAUAUUGCAUGCCGCUAGAAAUAGUGGGAUAUGGUGAGCUAUACGGCUGGACGAUGGACCAGGUGGUUGCGGAGAUUGGAACAAAGGGGAAUUGCACUUACUGCGGAGUGUUCAGACGACAGGCGCUUGACCGGGGUGCUGCCAAGUUAGGCAUUGGACAUGUUGUCACUGGACAUAACGCGGACGAUGUUGCCGAGACGAUUGUGAUGAAUCUGUUACGAGGUGAUCUUCCUCGACUAGCGCGUUCGACGAAUAUUGUGACAGAGUCGUCGGCAAGUGAUAUCAAACGGAGCAAACCGCUCAAGUAUGCGUAUGAAAAGGAAAUAGUCCUGUAUGCCCACUAUAAGAAAUUGUGUUAUUUUAGCACUGAAUGCAUCUAUUCACCGGAGGCUUUUCGAGGGAGUGCGAGGACACUGAUAAAGGAUCUCGAGAAAGUGCGCCCGAGCUCUAUAUUGGAUAUAGUCAGGAGCGGGGAAGACAUGGCGAGGCUGGUACCUCUGGAAAUGAGUAGGUCUGGCAAAUUGCUCACCCGUACAUUUGCCGUGACCAUGCGGGGAGGGACAGAGCGCUAUGCGGCUGGCGGGUGCGGUAGCCAACGGGGAGGGAUAAAUGUUGGAGAAAUGGCAGAGAUGGAAAAAGAACUGGCGGGAAAUCAGAUUGCCAAUGUUGAUGAAACGGAGAUUUUGCCGUAUAGGAAGCUUCAAGGCAGUACAGGUUCGGGUCAACCGCGGAUGAAACUUCAAACGAUGGGCCAAUGCGAGAGAUGUGGUUAUAUGGCCAGUCAGAGGAUCUGCAAAGCUUGCAUGUUGCUUGAGGGACUGAACAAGAACCGUCCGAGAACCACGGUUGAAAUGGCUGUUGACAUAGAUGAGGAAGAAAGCAGUUUGACAUUUAUGAGGCAGAUGGAGGAUGUUCAAUUAGCGAAUGGAAAGUAGCACAGGUUUUCAUUUUUCAAGCCUUGAAUAUCAUUGCAUCAAGUCAUUUCUAGUC